AUAUUCUUUAGUCUGAAAUCUGCCUUCAUCGCCAGCGGAAUGUCUAUCACCUUUUGGUUUUACUUGUACGCGUGUUUCAUUUCGGUUUUGGCCGUCUAUGUACCGGAUCACAAUUGCCAUUCAUAUUUUAGAUAUGACACCAUGAACAUGGGAAAUACGUAUAUUGGCGUUUUUACGGCCCACAAAAGUCAACUUACUUCGUUCUACUGGGAGGCUGAGUUCUCCGCUCGCGGAAGUAUCGAUCAAGUCGACUAUCUCAAUCCGUAUCCCAACAAUCAAGAGUGCUUUAAAAACAUCAAAAGGGGAAAUCGCGGCCAAAUGUUCGUGAUCUUCCAAAAUAUUACCAGCGAGCUGCCCAAGCUGAUCAGUUUUAAGCUUAAUGGAGAGACACUGUGCACCAACGAUAAAUACCCCCCACUCUCUAUCACAACUCGCGUAGCUCGGAGAAUGACCGUCGAUGAAAUACCCAUUGCAUUCACAUUUAGAAAAAUGAUUUGAAUGGAACAGAGCGUUUUUCACGGUGUUCGUAGUGCCGUAUAACUCCUGUUCAAUU